UGGUCCUAUAUUUUAAUUUAUUGCAAAGAAAUAACACUCCUUGACUUUCUGCUUGUGUUUGAAUUCAAUCCACUAGCUCGUUUAUGGAAAAUCUUGUCUUUUGUGAUUGCUCUCCCUUCCGUUGCUAUCUGCCAGCUAAAUUGCUACCUGAAGAAAGAGGAGCAUGAAAGGCCAGAAUUUAUUCCUUACAAGCAUCUUUACAUCCGGACCAAGCCCUUCCCUUGGGGUGAUGGGAACCAUACUCUUUUCCAUAAUCCACAUGUCAAUGCACUUCCAACUGGCUAUGAAGAGUGACCACUAGGCAAGUGGAUCACAGCCACAGCAUGGACCGUUAAAGGUAGCUGGACCAGAAUCGAGGCUGGGACCAUAAUCUGCAUUCCCUGUAUUGUUUAUUCUGACUUCUUACAGUGGAUGUUCUUCCUGUAGAAGUCUCCUGAAAUAAAAAAUAUUCUAGCCAAA